CACACUCUCUACUUCUAAUCCGACUACUAUCCUCUCCAGUCCUUAACUUUGGCGCCCUCACCCCGCGUUUUCGCCCACCUGCUGCGACGAGGCCUAAUCCCGAAGUCCAGUAUGGCCAUUGUCCCCGUCGACACGACGCUCCAGGUGCCGCCGCCGGACGCGGUGCAGGAGCCGCCCGCGGUGGCCGUGACGCCGUGCGACCCGUGGCCAGCGCCCUACUACUUCGAGGGCGGACUGCGGCGCGUGAAGCCGUACCACUUCACGUACAACACGUACUGCAAGGAGCGGUGGCGGGGUCGCGAACUGCUGGAUAUUUUCCUAUCGGAGUUCCGGGAUCGGCCUGCGGAAUACUACAAAAAAGCCCUAGAAACCGGGCUGGUCUGCGUAAACGGCAAACCGGGGACGCCGCACACGGUGGUGAAGAACGGGGAGAUAAUCUCGCACACGCUGCACCGACAUGAGCCGCCGGUGACGGGCAAGGAGAUCGGGAUCAUCCACGAGGACGAGGACCUGAUCGUGAUCGACAAGCCGGCGGGGGUGCCGGUGCACUCGGCGGGGCGGUACCACUACAACUCUGUGCUGGAGAUUAUGCGAUCGCAGCGGCAUCCGGAGUGGGUGCCGCGGCCGUGCAACCGCCUGGACCGGCUGACAUCCGGGGUGAUGUUCCUGGGGAAACACGCCAAGGCGGCGGAGGUGAUGAGCACGAAGCUCAAGGCGCGCACUUUACAGAAGGAGUACGUGGCGCGCGUCAAGGGCCGGUUCCCGGACGGGGUGGUCGUGUGCGAUCAGCCCAUCAUGUCGGUUAGUCCGAAGGUUGGGCUGAAUCGUGUGCGGGCGACGGGGAAGGAGGCCAAGACCAAGUUUAGGCGGUUGGCGUAUUUUCCUCCUUCCUCUCAGACAUCCUCACCCUCUUCGGAGGGAGAGGGAGACGACUCCAACAGAGUGGCGACGCCGCCGGCGAUCUACGCCAACGAAGAAGAAGGCUACAGCAUCGUGCACUGCCUGCCGCUGACGGGCCGGACGCACCAGAUUCGCGUGCACCUGCAGUUCCUGGGCCACCCGAUCUCGAACGACCCGAUCUACUCGAACCGCAAGGUCUUCGGGCCGGAGCUGGGCAAGCACGACACCUCGGCGGAGCGUGACCAGGAGCUGAUCGCCCGGCUGUCGAACAUGGGCAAGACCGAGACGGCCGUCGACAGCACGACGACCAGCUACCGCACGCACCUGACCGCCGCGCCGCUGGUGCCGCCCGGCACGGACUCGUCCGUCGUCGAGGAGAUCAUGUCGCGCGAGCACGAGGCCGCCGUCGAGCGCUACCACAAGCGCAAGGGCGAGCGCCUGUCCGGCGAGCGCUGCCCCGUCUGCGACACCGAGCUGUACACCGACCCCAGCCCCGAGGAGCUGGGCAUCUUCCUGCACGCCGCCGCCUACGCCGAUAAGGGCGAGGACGGCUGGAAGUACACCAGCCAGAUGCCCAGCUGGGGCCUGCCGCCUAAGGGCAUGGAUGGGCCUCGCACCAUGCCGGCCUGGGUCGAUGUCCCCGAGCACGAGGAGAUUGUCAUCGGGUAUGGCACGGUGCCGGAGAUCGGCGGCGAUGAUGCCGCGGCUGGUGCCUCCGAGGUCAAUGUUCCGGCGUUGGUGCAAGGCGUCGGGCUCGUGGAUAUCUCGGCGGAGAGGCAGGCGCAUGAAGCCUCUGCUGCUGCGGCUGCUGCUGCUGCUGCUGCUGCCGCCGCCGCCGCCGUGGCUACUGAGGAUAAUGCGGAAGAGGAGGGCGUUAGCGCUGCAGCGACAGCGUAGGGCUCUGACAUUGGCAUUGACACGAUCCGGUACAGUAUAUAAUCCUUUAGAUGGGCCUGGCCUUAGACACGC